AUGUAUGGUUUGAGCCAAGAUUACUGGCAUCCUCAACAUCUCAUGGACAUUGCUCGUGGAGUGGGUACGCCCUUGCAGUUGGACAAGGCUACCAAGGAGUGUGAGUUCGGUUACUAUGCUCGUAUGCUAGUAGAUGUUGAUCUUGCAAACGAACUGCCGUCUUCGCUCAUGGUCGAGCGUGAGGCACAUUGUUUUCCUAUUGAGAUUGUUUAUGAGAAUAUAUGCACUCAUUGUGGUAUGGUUGGGCAUAUGGCCGAUCGUUGUAGACAAUUACAAGGUGAUCCAAAGCCUCGUCAUUCUGAGAAGCCGAUUUUGAAACCGAAGGUCCGACAAGAAUACAGAGUAAAAGAGAAGGUUUCAAAUGAUCAAAGUAUAGAGACUCAACCAUCAGUUAGUCCAACUGAAAUUAAUGGUACGGUACCAUCACAUACAGAAACAUGUACAGUGAUAGCAGAAGUUGAUCAAGGGAUGAAUUUUGAGUCGAGAGACAUUGAUGAAGAGAGAACUAUUGAAGACAAUGGGAGAGACAUUGAUGAAGGGAGAACUAUUAAAUACAAUAGGAGAGCUAGUACUCCAGAUGAUAGAGCUUCGGUUCCAAGGCCAUGUACUCAUACUUCUAGUGAAAAUCUAUUUGUCACUCUAGCUCAUGAGGCUAUUGUGGGGGCUGCUAAUGAAUUAAUUGAGCAAUUGGCAGACCAAGUGUUCCAGGGACCAAAUGCUCAGACCCUUGAUGUAGAGAACUCAAUGGUGGUUACCAAUGAGGCUUUAGAUGAUGUUGAGGGCUUAUUCCCCACCCCCUCAACGAGGACAGAGGACAAUGCAACUGUGGUUCGUGAGCCGGAGGAUGCUAUAGACCAGCAGCUCAUAAUUUCUUGCGGUUUGGAGAAUGUUAAUUGUAUUUUGACUUGGGUUUAUGCAAGAACUAUGGUAACAGAGCGUUGCUGGCUUUGGAAUGAUCUGCUUCAUGUUAAAAAUGCAUUUGUUCAGGGACCCUGGAUAGUGUUGGGUGACUUUAAUUGUGUCUUGGGUGCUCAUGAAAAACGAGGUGGAAUUCUUCCCAAUGUCGUUUCAUGUUCAGACUUUCAGGACAUGUCAACUAAUUAUGAGUUGGUUCAUCUUCCUACUAAAGGAUUGCCUUAUACCUGGACAAAUAGAAGGGGUAUUGGUGCAAGUGUUGAAAUGAGGGUUGAUCGGUGUCUUAGCAAUUUCUCUUGGAUGGAUGUUUGGCGCAAUUUGGAGUGCACUACUUUUCCUCAUUUUCCCUCAUAUCAUUGUCCUCUUUUAGUGUCCUUUUCAAAGCUUAUACCUAACCAAAUAUCACUAUUUCGGUUCCAUCGCAUGUGGCUAGAUCAUCCAAGUUUUCUUUCUUUGGUGAAGAAGGUUUGGCAGAGUUUUCAUUUCUAUGGUAAUCCAAUGUUUGUUUUGGCUUCCAAACUGCAGACUCUUAAACAACAGAUUCGGUUUGAUCCUUCUGAUGACUUGCUUUCCAAGGAGAGUGUUGUCAGUGCUCAAGUUCAUGAGGCUCUUUUGCUUCAAGAGAAAUUUUUAUGUGAUAAAUCAAGGAUAAAAUGGCUUACUGAAGGUGACCGAAACUCUUCUUUCUUCCAUGCAAUAGUUAAAGUCCGGCAUCUUAAACAUUCAUUAUCAUCUAUGAGAGAUGGAAACAGUAUUAUUGAUGACCCAAAAGAGAUUAGUGAUCAUGUGUUAAAUUAUUUCAAUGACAUCUUCACAGCAGAUUCUUUUGUAAGAGACACUGGUCUAGUUUCUCAAGUAAUUCCUAAUCUCGUGACUACUGAGUAUAAUGCUAUGUUAACAGCCAUUCCCACAUCUGAGGAAAUAUUUCAGACUAUGUGUUCUAUGGAUCAUAAUAGUUCUCAUGGUCUAUAUGGUUUUGGUGGAAUUUUUUUUAUGAAGUGUUGGUCAGUUGUUGGUGCAGAGGUAGUCCAAGUUGUUCAGAGUUUUUUCAAUACUAGAUACAUUCUCCCCCACUUCAAUUCCAAUUUAAUGAUAUUGAUUCCUAAAGUCCUUGGAGCAGACACUGUAACGCAGUUGCGUCCUAUUGCUAUGGCGAAUUUUAUUUUCAAGCUUAUCACAAAGAUUUUAACUGACCGUUUGGGAAGUAUUGCAGACCCCAUUAUAUUGACUUCAGAAUGCAUUAACCUCCUGCAUCGUAAUUAUAAGGGCGAUAACAUUGCAAUUAAGUUUGAUGUGCAAAAGGCAUUUGACACGCUUGAUUGGGAUCCUUUUUGUGACUGGAUUAAAGCAAUUUUGGAGUCUGAACACUUAUCAAUUUUAGUUAAUGGUGAGAUGAAAGGGUUUUUUCCUUGUUCUCGUGGUGUUCGUCAAGGAGAUCCUUUGUCACCUAUUCUCUUUUGUCUUGCGGAAGAGGUUUUAAGUAUAGGUCUCAUUAAGCUGGCUGAGGAUGGAUUUAUUGAUUUACUGUCAGCUCCUCUUGGUAUUACUCCACCCUCGCAUGUUCUAUUUGCAGAUGACAUUAUGCUGGUGUUUCUUGAGAAAUAUGCUCACCGUAGACGCUUUGUUAUCCGGAAAAUUUUGGGUGUCAAGCAGGGGUCACUUCCAUUCACAUACCUUGGGGUUUCGAUUUUCCAGAGACGUCCUAAGAGGGUGUAUUUCCAGGACAUUGCAAAUAGAGUGAGAUGCAAGUUGUCAUCUUGGAAAGGUUAUCUGUUGUCGCAAGCGGGUAGGCUACAACUUAUUCAAUCAGUGAUUAAACGCAUUUUAGUUUAUAGUUUUCAGAUAUAUGAGGGGCCGGCUGGUUUAUUUCAUGACCUUCAAUCUUGUGUUGGUGAUGGUAAGAGGAUAUCUUUUUGGAAAGAUAAUUGGUUGGGUGAGCCUCUUACUACUAGUGUUGGAAUAAGUGGCUAUAUUUCACUUCAUGCUAAGGUGAAUGAUGUUAUUGUUGAUUCUUAUUGGGUUCUCCCAGCAGAUUUUAUUUUUUCAUUCCCUCAAGCAACAGAAAAAAUUGAGCGCAUUGCUCUGCCUGAUGCAGACACAUCUGACUUUCUUUUAUGGCCGCACUCCUCAUCAAGAAUUCUGACAGCAAAAGAAGCUUUUGUUUUCUUCUCAAAUCAUGGUGAGCAUAAAGACUGGGAUAAAGUGAUAUGGAGUAAAGCAAUUCAACCCCGCAAAACUCUUAUUGUUUGA